AAGAAUUGUAUCGACCAUGGGAAUUGGGAAAGCAAAUUUUAGGCUUAAAUGACAUGGUGUGUGUUGUGAAAUUGAAAUCGUUGGUUGAAGUCGAAAAUGUUCCAAAUUCGCGCGACAAGUGCCUCCUCUCUUUCCAAGACACAAUUCUUCAACACCUACACAAGAAGAACAAGGAUGUCCAAAUCACCAACAUUCUCUGCCAACUCAGACCCAAACCCAAACCCAAACCCAGGAGGCUCCGACGCCGCCGUUUCAAAGCCGGAGCUUCGUGUUUUUGCGAGGAGAAAGAGACUGAAAAUGACGGAGCAACAGCUUAUUACUGUAGAAGCAAAACCCCACAAAUUCCUUGUUUUGCAGCUUGACCUCCUACCUGACAUUGAAGAAUUUGGGUACAGAAAUGAGACUUCAUCUUCUUAUUCAAUUGACAUAGGUAAGCCACCUGCUAACUGGGAGAAAGUCCUCCAAGGGAUUCGCAAAAUGAGGUCUUCUGAAGAUGCACCUGUAGAUAGUAUGGGUUGUGAGAAAGCCGGAAGUGCUCUCCCUCCUAAGGAGAGAAGAUUCGCUGUCUUGGUAUCCUCCCUACUGUCAAGCCAAACGAAGGAUCAAGUUACUCAUGGAGCAAUUCAGCGUCUCCUUCAAAAUGGUUUGCUCUCUGCCGAUGCCAUUGACAAAGGUGAUGAAGCAACCAUUAAAAGCUUGAUUUACCCGGUCGGCUUUUAUACAAGAAAGGCUAGUAACUUGAAGAAAAUUGCAAAAAUUUGUCUUGCCAAGUACAAUGGAGAUAUACCUAGCUCAUUGGAGGAACUCCUCUCACUUCCAGGAAUAGGUCCUAAGAUGGCUCAUUUGGUUAUGAAUGUCGCUUGGGACAAUGUUCAAGGGAUUUGUGUAGAUACCCAUGUGCACCGGAUUUGCAACCGCCUUGGCUGGGUGUCAAGGGCAGGCAAAAAACAGAAAACAUCAAACCCUGAGGAAACGAGAGAGGCAUUGCAAUUGUGGCUUCCGAAGGAAGAAUGGGUUCCCAUAAACCCUCUUUUGGUGGGAUUUGGACAGACAGUUUGCACUCCGCUCAGACCUCGCUGUGGAGUCUGCAGUGUGAGUGAAUUCUGUCCAUCUGCAUUCAAAGAGACCUCAAGUCCAUUAUCCAAGACAAAGAAAUCUGGUUUGAGCAAGAAACUUUGACAAGUUGAUUCUCGGAGGGAGCAAAAACAGCUUGUGGUUGCUUCUGCCAGCUUUUUGUGGAUAUCCCUAUCCUAAAGAAUCUCAUAAUAGCAAAGUAUUGUUCAUGCAAGGUAGGAGAAAGGACACAAACAUUGAGAAGGGGAUAAAUUGGGACCUUUUUUUGUCAAAAACUUUUAACCAACAUUUUGUUACAUUCAGCAGACCGAAAUCUAAAUUGCUUCUAUUUUCUGUGUAAUCGGAAGAUCAAAAUCGAUUGGUGAUUA